CUGGUUUUGCUACGCCGUUCGUGCGGUGCGCUCUUCCUGUGUUUCCGCGAUCUAACGCCCUCACUCCAUGUCCUAUGGCUACAAAACUCUUCAGGACCGUUUUGCAGCGGCAUCAAGCGCCGCUGGGCCGCAGCCGGUGAUCAACAUGGUCACCGGGGAAGGCUUUCUCAACUUUGACUCGGAGGCCGGGGUGAACGUUUCGGUGAGAUUUGACUGCCCGCCAGGGUGUUCCGCAGCGGCAUCAAGCGCCGCUGGGCCGCAGCCGGUGAUCAACAUGGUCACCGGGGAAGGCUUUCUCAACUUUGACUCGGAGGCCGGGGUGAACGUUUCGGGGGCUGUUCCGACGAGAGCGGCGAUGUCGGCGAUAUCGGAGGCCGACGCCGGCAAGAAGCGGGUGUUGUCAGAUCGCACCGCCUACGUCCCCUCUGCCGGGGUCCCAGGGGUUGGGGCUAGUGCGGGAGGGGGUUUGAGUUGCUCGGGGUCUGUUCGAGAAAGUGAAGGCGGCGUGUCUCCGGCGAUGGGCCAGAGUCGCUCCUACUGGUGCGGCACUGUGUGGCACAANCUCCAGCUCCGGUACGGGGACGAGCCAAGCGUCGCAGGGAUCACCACAAUCGCCCGCGUCAAUGUCUUCGUCGUUUUCAGUCGCGCAGCAGCAUCUCAAGCGAUGUUGAUAACUCCCGCCGCCGCCACGACUCCCGCCGCUCUACACAAGGUGUGUGGCGCCUCUUUCCGCCCCGCUUGA